AUGGAAUAUAAAGAAUCUUUAGAGAAACAAGAUAACGAUCGCGAUCCAAACAAUGUAGAACAUAACGAAGAAGAAGAAAUUAGCUUUGAAAUAGUGAUUAAUGAUCUUUUUUCCACUUAUGAAGAAAAUAACUCAACAAAACUCUCAGAAAUCAUUGAAACAUUCUUGAAUUGCCUUCAUACCAUCAAGGAAAAGCCAUUAGAUAUGUUUAUGGAGAAAAAUCUCCUUGGAUUUUUCAUUUCAGUUUUAGGUAAUAAAGGAUACGCCAAUUGCUACAUCAACAUCAUUAAUUCACUCAUUCUACUUGCAUCAUUCAUUGAUUUAAAUCUCGAACCUCUUAUAACAGAAGAAGCUUUUGAAAUCUACGAAACUGUUGCCUUUCCUAUCAUCAACGAUUUAGUUUUGCAAUUUACUUUCUAUGAUUCAAUACUUAAUUCUAAUAUUCCAGGUUCAAUUACAUUUUUCAAAGCUGGUUUAUUAAAUAAAGUUUUUGAAGUUCUUUUGAACGAUGAAAUAGAUAUAGAGAUUAAAGAUAAGGCAAUUAAGCUCAUUGCCACCGUUUUGUUCUCAAUAUUCCCUCAAUAUAAUGAAGAUGAAAUUUUCCAAAAGAUUUUACAUGACUUGACAACUUUUAUCCUUAGCAUUAGUCAUCAGGUACAAACAUUUAGUGCAAACAUGCUAUAUGCUGCCUACGCAUGCUUAACUCUUUCAUCAGAAACAACAAUUCUUAUGAUUCAAGAGUUUCCACUUGAAAUUCUUUACAAUUCCUUCCAAAAUAAUGAUAAAAAUACCGAAAGAAUCAUUAUCAUCAUUGUAAAGACAUUAGUUACAUCAGGAGAUCCAAGAUUUUUCGAAAAGUGGGAUUUUUCACCAUUUUUCAGCGUAAUUCAUGAUAAAUAUGAGGAAACAAUGAUGAUGUUCAUUGAUUUGUGCACAGAUCUCUGCAAUUUAUAUGUUUCUUUCGCAAGAUAUUUAUUUGAAUCAGAAACAAUUAAGUUUUUCUUUUCAGCCAUCGAAGAUGCACCAUUUAAUAUCAAGGAGAGAGCUCUUAAGACAAUUUCUGCUGUGUUUAAGCAUGAAAACAGAGAUUAUAUUAUAAAACUCUUGGAAAUGGGCUUCAUUGACGUGAUUUCUGACUUUCUUAGUUUAGAUUCUGGUUCAUUCUUAAGCAAAUGCGUUGUUGCUCUCACAAAUAUCCUUAUGUUCGCGACAACUAACGCAGAAAUAGGAGAAUUGAUUCUGAAAUCGUUUGAUGAUAACGAUACAAUCAAUGUCCUUGAAGAAAUCCUUCAAAAUACAACAAAUGAAGAUUUAAUUGCUGAUAUCGAAAUAUUUUUGGAAAAUUACAAGAUGAUUUUCCUUAAUGAUGAAGAAAUGUAA